AUGCAGCUCGUGAAGCAGGUCAAGUCCUUCGGGGGCGUCAUCAAACAGUACUCGCAUGAGAGUGCCACCACCAAGUGUACCAUGAAGUUCAGUAUCUUCCUCCCACCAAAUGCCAGCGACAGCCACAAGGUGCCUGUGCUGUUCUACCUGGCGGGACUCACGUGCAACGACGAGUUGCUGUUCGUCAAGGCUCCCGAGGCGCAGAAGGUGGCGGCCAGCCGCGGCAUCGCCAUUGUCACUACAGACACCAGUCCGCGUGGUGUGAGCAUCCCCGGAGACGAGGAUAAUUGGGACUUUGGCACUGGCGCAGGCUUCUAUGUGGACGCCACGGAAUCCAAAUGGGACGAGCACUACCGCAUGUACUCGUACGUGACCAAGGAGCUACCAGCACUCAUCACCGCCAAUUUCCCUGUGCUGGAGGACAAGCACUCCAUUAUGGGGCACUCAAUGGGUGGACACGGCGCGCUGGUUCUCGGAAUUCGCAACCCGACCCAAUACAAGUCCAUCUCGGCGUUUGCACCCAUUUCGCACCCGAGCCAGUGUCCGUGGGGAAUUAAGGCCUUCACUGGCUACUUGGGCGUCGACCAGGAGACCUGGAAGCAAUAUGAUGCGACGCAACUUAUCCUUAACCAGGGCCCGAUCCCCCACACGAUCCUGAUCGACCAAGGUCGCGAAGACAACUUCUUACAUGACAAGCAGCUGCUGCCAGAAGCUUUCGAGGCAGCCUGCAACUCGGUGGGCCAGAAGGUGACGCUCCGCAUGCAGGAUGGAUACGAUCACAGCUAUUACUUCAUCGCCUCCUUCGUGGAGGAACACGUCAACCACCACGCAGACGCUCUGCUUCAGUAG